GCAAGAAGGUCAGAGGUCGCCAGUACCCGUGGGCGUGGCAGAAGUGGAGAAUGGGGAACACUGCGACUUCACUGUUCUCCGCAACAUGCUGAUCAGGACCCAUAUGCAGGAUCUAAAGGAUGUCACCAACAAUGUCCACUACGAGAACUACCGCAGUAAGAAACUUGCUGCUGUCACCUGUAACGGAGUGGACACUUCCAAGACCAAGGGACAGCUCACUAAGAGUCCCCUGGCACAGAUGGAAGAGGAGCGUAGAGAGCACGUGAUGAAAAUGAAGAAGAUGGAGGCAGAAAUGGAACAAGUCUUUGAAAUGAAGGUUAAGGAGAAGAAGCAGAAACUGAAGGAUUCAGAGGCUGAGCUGGAGCGGCGCCACGAACAGAUGAAGAGGAACUUGGAGGCGCAGUACAAAGAGCUGGAGGAGAAGAGACGAGUGUUUGAGGAGGAGAAGGCCAACUGGGAGGCUCAGCAGAGAAUCCUCGAGCAGCAGAAACUGGACGCCUCCAAGACGAUGGAAAAGAACAAGAAGAAAGGAAAAAUCUUUUGAAGAGAGAGACGACCCAUUCAUUCAGUUUUACACAAACUUAUUUUUCUUCAUCCUCUCUGAAGCUCACGUCUGUUGUGGCCCUCAGAACACACACACACACACACACACACACACACACACACACACACACACCACCUUCCAUUACAUUUAUCAGUGUAACAACAUCUUUUACAUACACAUAUGCAUACACAUGCAAAUGCCCACAACAGCCCACAUGCUUGUCUCUCCGCAGGGUUUUACUGUGUUUGUUGAGACUUUUUCAUUUUCUUGAGGAAUGCAUGUGUUUGUGAAAGUCUAUUUUCCUAUAUUUCCUGACAAAGAGUAGAAGCCCGACUUCCUCUGAGCUUACAGUACUGAUUAAAUACAUGGCAGGGACCAUGCAUAGCCAUUUGUACACAUGUAGUAGUCGUAUGUUCUCUAGAUAUUCGUAGACAUGCAGAUAGACGUACUCUCUCCUUCCUCAGCGCUCUUUUUUUUUAAACUGUUCUCAAAAAUGUAACACAAGUGUACACACACUUUAACACUCAGUCUUAAGGACCUCCAUCAGAGUGUGUUAGGAGAAGGGAGAGUGUAUGUGAGUGAAGGUAACUGAAUCAGUCGGCAGCUGUGGAGGAAGAAGAGGAAUUAAGGCCCAGUCACACCAAAACGUGGCCCAGCGACUUGACUCAGGUAAUGAACUGGGUAUUAGGUAAUUAUCUUACUGCUAACACGCUAACAAGCCUGGAAAAUGCUAGGGCUGCUCAGUUACAGUGGCUUUUUGUACCGGGCCCUUAACUUGGAGGUGUACAUCAUUUCUUUCAAUUAAGAGUUCAUGAAGGUGGGAAAUAACUCUUGAGCAGUUUGUUAAGAGUUGGUUAACAAACUCAUUAGCUCAGUCAAUGGAACAAAACCUACAUGUAAAUAAAAUAACAUGUUUUCUAAUGGAACUUAUUGUCCCAUUAGGAAUGAAUAGUCCUGUUAACAUGUACAUCUUUUGAAUAAAAUAAGGUUUGCUUCUUAAAAACUUAUUAGAAAACUUUUGUGCUCCAGUAUAAAUAAGAUUUAAUAGGUAAUCAGCUUUAGUAGCUUCCUCCAUUUUGGACUCUCUGUCAAGAGACCUGAAGCAAAAAUUCAAACUCAGAAUGUCUCUGGUUUUAAAUGCUGGUGUGACUGGGCCUUUGGACAGGAUUUACGGUGCAGUGGCAGGUGUGUAUGAGCAGGUGUGUUUUAUGAAAUGCGAUGUCUGAGGUCAUAGAUUCGUUCUGAUCUGAACCACACAGACAGAAGAAAGGAGAAAAUAACAGAAUAUUGUCAUUACAGUGUGUGUUCUCUAUUUGAAUAGAACAUAUUAUGCAAAAGGCUCAUUGGUGUCUACAGCUUCACAGGUUACAGUGAUUACAAAGAUGUUUUAUAUAUCGUGAUGUAAGUGAUGGGUGUUGUUGUGGACCUGAACCCUGAUGUCCAGAUUUUUGUGAUAUUUUUGCUUUGGGUAAAACAACCAGAGGGACAGUUCAAUUUAAAAAAAAAAAAAAGAAAGAAAAAAAAAGUUGAAAUAUUCCUUUCUUUCUCCCUGGAUUCCUCAGAAAGACAGCUGUUCAGAGAAGUUUGCCAAGUGAGCCAUAACUCUGUCUCUGACUUCUUUAGAAUAUUCUACAUACAACGAAACAUUACUUACUUUGCUUUUCUACCAGACAGAAUAUGUAAAGUCCAGGUCUGAGCUGAUUCAGAGUCAGAAAGCAGCACACGGUGCAACACGUUUGAACCUUUAAUAAACCUUUCCCAGAGUUGUCAUGUUUUAUUUUCAUAUGAUGAUGAUAUUAAUAAUACUAUAUGCACGGUUGAAGAAUGACUCCUUCCCUUGUAGUUUUCUUAAAUAACUCAUAGAUUAAUCUCUUAUUUUAGUAUAGUUUUCAGACUGCCUGCAUUUACAGCAAAAUGCUAAAGGGACAAACCUUAUACCUUCAGCACAUUAAAUAUUGCCUGUUUGGAUUUGUUCAUGAUGGAAAUGCAUAUAUUGUGUACAUACUGGAGGCUGCUCAGUGGCCUUUUUUCUUGAGUUUUUUUUUUUCCCCAGAUUAUUUUCUGCCAGGAAUAACAACAGAACUUGUACUCAAAACUGAAGAUAUUAAACUCUUCUUAAGAGUCCAUGAAUACAUUUCCACACAUUUAUACACACAUAUAUACUGUAUACAUCUAUGCCAAUGAGUACACCUUCUCAGGACUGCUCCGUUAUGCUAGAUUUUCUUUUUAAGUCCAGAGAAAAGCAAUCCUGUUGUCUUACAAGUUUUUUAAAAAAGUCAAUUUUUCUUUCAAAUUCUUGUGAACCACUCACUCUUCCAAUAACACCAAUUUAAGAUAUAUUCAAGUAUAGGUGGAUUUUUUUGUAAUAUUUUCUUUUUUUAUAUAAGUACACUGUUUUCUGCUUCUCUUCUUUGUUUUAUCAUGUGUUCUGUCUCUAACUGUACAUGGUUAAUAUUAAAGUUGACAGGUUAUGCUUUAACUUCCA